AUGGUUGCGCCAGCUGUCCCCGAAAUCUACGAGGAGGAUGAGAUCUAUGCCGCUGUCGAUGCGCGCACCGAGUCCCUGCAGAACCUGCGAGAACUAGGACCCCCGGACUUGGUGUAUUUGGUCAAACAACCCAAGACCAACUCCACUCGCCAGACCGGUGUUUAUCACCAUGUCACCGGCAUCGACGCCUCCUCCUCCGCCAGUUUAGCCGCCUAUGUAAAUACGCUGACCUUCUCUCCUCUUGAUAAAACACACAAAGUGGUAUCGGGGACCUACUGUUGCUACAAUGCCUUCUCCCACCUGGAUAUGCGAGUCGACGUGAAGAUCCCCGGAAGUCUGGAAAGUUACUGCAUCGAUGAGCGCGGCGACAAGCGCGUCGCGACAGAAGCACUGUGGUUGGAGACAUUCCUUUGCGGGGUCCUCCGGGCCUAUUCCUAUGCGGAUGACGGCAGCGGUGAUUCGAUCAGGAAGAUUGUUGGAGUUCGUCGGUUCAACCCGGUCACAAACACAGAGAUGGAACACAAGUUCUUGGAUGCGGCUGAACGCCUGUUCUUCUUGGGCCGGCAGCUCAGCUCCGACCCCGAGACGCAGGUUCCGAACACGGUCAGCAACCACCUCACAGCCGGCCUUUUGAAAUACAUCCAGACGACGGGACGCUAUACAUCGGGAAUCAAUCUUUUCGAGAAGCUUCGGACGCGCGAUGUCGAGGUCUCUUCGUUGUUGACUCGGGUUCUCAUAAUGGCGGAUGAGGAAGUACAAGCGGUGCGGUUGAUGUACGAUGCCCUGCAGGACGUUCCCAUGGACUAUUCCUUGCUUGAUUGCCAGGCCACUUUCUGUCAGGAGAAAGGCGAAGGCGAAAUGGCAUUGGAGUGUGCCAAGCGCGCCGUGACUGCUGCGCCCAGCGAGUUCAGCACGUGGGCGCGACUGGGAGAUGUCUACGUCGGCCUUGAACAGUGGGAUCUGGCGCUUUUGACGCUCAACUCGUGUCCCAUGUUCACCUAUCAGGACAAAGAUAGCCCUCGCAUGCCCCAACCGGCGCGCAUCAUGCUCCCGAUUCUUGCCGAAAGUAUGCUCGAUGAAAUCGAUGAGGGCCAGCCUAGACAAGGAGAUCCCCAUGACUACGUCCACCCCUCACUACGUAGAUUGCAUGCCGCCGCAUACCAGGGUACCUUCUUGAAGGCCUACAACCUCCUGACCAAGGUCGCCGCCGCCAUCGGAUGGGAUCAGCUUCUCAAGAUUCGCAGCGAAGUGUUUGUGAUGGAGGAGGAAUACCGGGUCGAACGACAGCACUCCGUCUCGAAGCCGGAUGCCUCUUCACUAGCCGAGACCAAUGGAGACGGAGAACAUGAAACGGAGUCGACCGAUGCAGAUGACCAAGCGUCGACCAACGGGACGAACGAUCAACAAGAGUCCGCCCAUUCCAUCGAGAGACCCGAACAAACGGUAGCAUCGGCAGUGGUCAAAUCAGGAAACGAAGACCCCGACCCGUCACACUCGUCCUACGCGCAAUUCCGCAAUAAGCGCCUGUGCGAGAGAUGGCUCGACAACCUCUUCAUGGUCCUCUACGAGGACCUCCGCAUCUACACCAUCUGGCGCACGGAGAUGGCCCAAUUCCGCCAACAAUCCAUCGAGUACAAGAAGUCUGCCACCGAAUGGGAGAUCCUCGGCGAACUGGCCGAACGACUGCACCACUUCGACGAGGCCAUCGAGGCUUACGAGCAGUGUCUGACCGUUCGGUUCUCGCCCAAGGCCAUGCGCGGCCUUCUCAAACUUUACGAGAAGAAGAACGAUACCCGAGGCAUGCUGGGUGCUCUGAUCCGUCUCAUUGCAUGGCAAUACCGUUGGUACUCGGAGUUCUCCCCCAAUCUCCUCUACCUCAUCCGCAAACUCAUCGAAGAUGAAGGCGCCGUCAAGGUGCGCAGCAUCGUCCAGGCCACGAAUCUGCCGCAGCCCGUUCUGGACCUCACGCAUCAAUACUGCCAGCUCUGUGCGACGUUUCGCAGCAGCGGCAGUGACGGUUAA